GAAAGGUUGGGGAUCCCUGGUCUAAACUGUUCCAAAAGGCCAAAGCUAUUCUAUACUAUUGGACUAUUGGCCUGUGACAGGAGAUUGCUGCUGGCAUCAUCUGAAAGACCAAUGAUGGACUAUAUAGCUGGCGUAUUCCAAAAGGUCACCGCUUGCUUGUUGCAAGACCAACAUUGAGCUACAUGUUUCCAAAACCCAGGGUUCGUCUGUACCACUCCUUAAUUCCAAAGACCAGGGUUGCAGAUGAACAUCUUUGAAAUUAGAUUCAUUUUGUCUAUCAAGUAUUGUUGCUACUUGCAGAAGUUCGGCGGUUGACCAAAGAGGGUGUCGGUGGAAAUGGUGCCCAAUAUAUGACCAGGCAUUUGACCAGGUCCCAUAAGAAGGUUCAAGUUGCAAUCAAGGACUUGGUCAAAUGCCUAUUGUGUCCUAUCCGAUGGGCAGCUCUCAUCUCAAGAUGUUCUGGAGUAGCUGAGAGCUUUAUCCUUUAGUGUUUGCAGAUCUCACAUCGUCACUAGUUGCUACUUGCAGAAGUUCAGUGGUUGACCAAAGAGGGUGUCGGUGGAAAUGGUGCCCAAUAUAUGACCAGGCAUUAGACCAGGUCCCAUAAGAAGGUCCAAGUUGCAAUCAAGGACUUGGUCAAAUACCUAUUGUGUCCUAUCCGAUGGGCAGCUCUCAUCUCAAGAUGUUCUGGAGUAGCUGAGAGCUUUAUCCUUUAGUGUUUGCAGAUUUUUCUUACAUCGUCACUAGUCUGGAAAGUAAUUAGGACCAGGUUGUCCUAAAAAGAUUUGCUGGUUGACCAUGAUUGAUAUCCCUAAGGACACAGUGAGCUCCCAAUGGAUCUUGGAGAAGAGUGGGGACUUGAUAGUUCCACACAUUUGUGUUACAUGAACCCAAGCCCAGCCACCACCACUUGCUAUACCCCUCUGUGCCAAUACAGCUGGCAGGGAACCAUCCUGGUGUAUGAGUCAAGUGCAGAGGUAACAUUGGUGCACCAUGUAGUGCUCUAGCACUUGAGUCUGGGGCAAUGUAAGUGAACCCCAAAUUCAUAUAUCAGCCCCACAUCCUGCUAGUGUUACUUUGCCUCCUCCCCGUGGUGUUUUUAUUGCAAUUACUUGUAUUGCAGAUCAAAGUGGUUGGUUUUAGGGUUAAAAACAAUCGUCCUUGAAGCUCUAAUGAUACAACACCUUGCAAAUUGCAUAUCGCUCAUACAGGCUUACAUCUAAAGCCCCCGCUGAUUCCCAGAGGAGCUCAAUAUGUUGAUGUUUUCUUUCAUUUGCUUCCCCCCCACCCAGAGUUUCAGAAGUUUCUGCAGAGCUUUCUAGAAGGAACAGCCCACCCUCCUCCCUUCCAUCCGCUCCCUCAUUAUCCCGGGAUGUGAACAGAUCACAGAGCCAACUCCUUUCAAGUUUGGAUUAAAGAAGCUGACGGAAAGCAGGGACUAAGGAAGGAGAUAUCUCAGGAUUACUAUGGCAGACUGGACCCUGUCCAACAGUAAAUAAUGGCUCGGCACCGUCUUUUAUGUAAUUUAUCAUCAUGAUCAAAGAACCCUCUCCCUAUGUAUAAUCCAUCUCCAUGUUUGAACACUUCUCAGUAGGGCAGUGUAGUUUCCCUUGGUCUUUUUCAAGUUGAAGCCCACCUUGGAGGUAAGACCAUUGGUAAGGGGCCAGCAGAGCUCAUAACCAGGUUAGAUAUAUGAAAAUAUUUCCCUAUUAGCCGUAGAAGAGCAAAUAAUUGCUCACUCACAGGUCCAAGUCUAUCUGACCCUCAUGGUAAGCUUUGAGGAGCAUCUAGACAAGCAUCUAGAGGAACAUCUAGAGGAGCAUUUGGACGAGCAUCUAGAGGAACAUCUAGAGGAGCAUCUAGAGGAACAUCUAGAGGAGCAUCUAGACGAGUAUCUAGAGGAACAUCUAGAGGAGCAUCUAGAGGAGCAUCUAGAGGAACAUCUAGAGGUGUCCUCCUCAAAUCUCACCCUAAUUAAAGCUCCUACAGCCAUUGCUCCAGGCAUAAUGUAAUGAUAAGCCCAGCACUGACACUUGGGGAUAAUAAAAGAGAAAGCAUGGACAACAGUGGACAGAACAUGUUCUUUAAUACAGUAUCGGUGCAUUCGGUGACUCUACCUUGGGGCUUCUAUAUGGACCAUCAACAAGCACCGUUACGGGAACAGUAUGGCAUUGCUUUUCAUGUUGACUCCUCGUGCUGGGGUGGAAGGCACACAUAUAUCCCCUUUCAGAACCAGCUGGGUCUCUGCGAUUAUUCCUCAGAGCCAGCCUUCAUCAGGAAGCGGAACGAGAGGGAGAGAGAACGAGUGAGGUGCGUCAACGAGGGCUAUGCCCGACUUCGCCAGCAUCUUCCCCUGGAGCUGGCAGAGAAACGUCUCAGCAAGGUGGAGACUCUGCGAGCGGCGAUUGAAUACAUCAAACAUCUGCAGAACAUUCUGGAUCUGGGAACUCUACGGCCUCCGGUGACAGAGCCCUUCUCCAAUACAGAGACCAGCAUUAGCCCAGUGCUCUAUCUCAGCACCAAGAGCUCCAUCCAAAGACAUUGUGCCAUGGGCUCUCCUUGUACAGAAGAACAUCAAUUACACGUUCUCUGAGAGCCAUGUUAUUCUUAAGCCAAUAGAACCAAAAAGAUAAUUGUUUUUCUUUCUUGAAACCAGCUUUUUCUUUGUAUUUAUCCAAAGGGAUAAAUGAGUAUGUUUAGUUAGACUUGGACAUAAUCUCACCCUAGGUAGGUGUAUCCAGGCCAGUCCAAUCUCCCUCCAUCUUUUAUCCAGAUUUUUCUGGGCUGCUGUCUUUCCCAUUGGACCUGAAUGAAUAUCCUUGUGUUCUUCCCACCAUUGAUCUCAGUAGGACCUUCAGUGUUCCUCAUCUGGCAGUCUGUUUGCUUUUAUAUAUAUAUAUAUAUAAGUAUAUAUAUACUCGUGCCUUGCCACCCACCAACUUCUGGGCCAUCACUGAUGGGUGGGUUGGCUGUAGGCAUAACAUUAAUGGCAUUACAGGUCAGGUAAAGAACCAGUUGGGUCUGGGGGGGUUCAGAUCAGACACAUACUUGGUGGUGGAGGGGGGGCUGGGUGCAAAAUUGCCUAGGCCAGUACAGAAGUUGAUGGUGGUUGCACACAGGUUGACUAUUAAGUGGCCCAUGUGUGAUAAGUGUUCAUAGAGGUCAAUGCAAUGGAAAACAAAUCCUUGGUUAGAUGGGUAACUGAUAGGAGUAUGGUGUUACAGGUAUGGGAUCACUUAUCCGGAAAGGCCAUUUCCCAUAGACUCCAUUAUAAGCAAAUAA